AAAACAAAAUUAAUAAUCACUGAUUUAAUAAAGUUUCCUUUAUAAAGGUCUAAUUCAUUUAAAACACCUAGCAUCUAUCAUUGAUCUUUUUGUCUUAUAACCAAGAUGUCAUCCAUCUGUAUAAUGCAUAUUAAAUAGACAGUGAUGUAGAAUGAGUGGCAUCGCCCAGGGUGUCCACAGAGUGCUUUGGGAACCUGUGAACACACGCCCUGCACAGCAGAAGGGGAUGUGCAGGUGUGAUUCUGAAGAGUGCUGGUGUGUUUUGUCAUCACCAGGGUCCCCACAAGGGGGAUGCAGAAUGGCAGGAGACAGAAGAUGCAAGGCUGGCAACAGAGGGAGCGGAGAAAAGAUGCAGCGCUGUGGACAGUGAGGAUAGAAGGGCCCUGAGCCACGGGGUGCAGGUGGCCUCCGGGAGCUGGAAGCAGCAGAUGGGUCUCUCUUGGAGAGUCCAGAACAGGGGCCUGCUGACGCCCUCACCUGCAGGUGUGUCCUCUGGACGCCAAGACACUCGGACCAUUUGCUGCAGCAGCAAGGAGAGCCUCACAGGGGCCGUGUGGCACAGGGUCUGAGUGAAGCUGCUCCACGAGUCUCCCAGUUCAGCCCAAGGGCAAAUUCCUGUAACACAGAUCUGCUCUGGAGCAAGGGGGUGGAAGUCGCCAUGCUGGCUGUGUGCUCUGACUUUGAGACUUCCCCAAAUUAAAAACUGUGAAUGCUAGGGGUGUGCCGUGAAGAAAUGACUCUAGAGAGAUGAAAUCAGCUCCCAGUGACCCCAGCGAGGGAGCUGUGGCUGCCUGGCUCUCCCCCGAGCCCCCUUCUUUCUCUGUCUCCGGCUGCCCUUACACAAUGACAAAUGUCACCCGCGUCUCCGAGUUUGUUCUUCUUGGGUUCAGAGGGGGUCCGGGAGUGCAGAUGGUGCUCUUUCUGCUCUUCCUGGUGCUGUACGUGGCGGCUGUGGUGGGGAACCUGGGCAUGGUCGCAAUCAUCCAGGCGGACACACAGCUGCACACCCCCAUGUACGCCUUCCUGCAAAGCCUCUCCUUGUUGGACUUCUGCUACUCCUCCACCAUUGCGCCCAGGGCCCUGCUGAACUGCCUGCGGCGGGACCACAUCUCCUUCGGAGCCUGCGCCGCUCAGUUCUUCUUCCUGUCUUUCUUCGGGACCACGGAGGCUUUUCUGCUGGCAGCCAUGGCCUACGACCGCUUCAAGGCCAUCUGCAGCCCUCUCCUCUACUCUGCCAGCAUGUCGCCCCCGCUCUGUGCGCUGCUGGUGUCGGGGUCCUACCUGUGGGGCGUCCUGAAUGCCAGCACGCAGACGGCGAUGACCUUCACGCUGUCCUUCUGUGGCGCCAAUCAGGUCAAUGACUUUUUCUGUGACGUGCCCCCGCUCCUGUCCCUGUCAUGCUCGGACACCUCCGUGAACAAGCUGGUCCUGCUCGGCCUGUGUGGCUCCAUCAUCGUCAGCACCUUCGCCGUCGUCCUGGUCUCCUACGUCUGCAUCGUCUCCACCAUCCUUAGGAUCCGCAGCCAGCAGGGCCGCCGGAAGGCGUUCUCCACCUGUGCCUCGCACCUCGCGGCCGUGUGCUUGUUCUUCGGCACAGUCUUCUUCAUGUACGCUCAGCCCAGUGCCAUCUCCUCCCUGGAGCACAGCAAAGUGGUGUCUGUCUUCUACACCGUGGUCAUCCCCACCCUGAACCCCCUGAUCUACAGCCUCAGGAACCGCGACGUGCAGCGCGCUCUGCGCAGGCGUGGCCAACAGCUCUCUGUGUUACUCUUGCGGCCCGGGCCCGCCUGGCGCCCCGAUUCUCACUGUUGCUGUCCGCUGUAGAAUCUUCAUCAGCAUUUCUCUAACAGUGUUGGUCCAAUUUUCCUGUAUUUCAUUGGCUGUUUGGGAAGGGAUUGUUCAAGUCAUUUUCCUAGUGUAUCUUGAUUGUCAAGGUUUCCCUUGUUUUGUAGAAAUGUUUUACACUUGGAGGCUCUAAAUCCAUCUGUCAGUUGUGUGCAUGACAAAUAUAUUCCCACGCUUCUGCAGCAUGAUUUAUCAAAAUGCUUGCAAUAAA